UGCUGAGCCAAGACCAUAGUCAGCAAGGCGGGGCGAGCAUGGCCAGGGCCGCGGCCGUCCUGCUGUCCCUCGUUCUGCAGCUCGCAAGCCAGACACUGGCCCCGGGGACCAGCCGAGGUGGGGCCAUCUCCAGGGAGCCCCUUGGCCUUGCUGACAUCCAGGACUACCAGUCAGAGGAGCCAGCCCACUCCUCAGCCCCUGCUGGGGUCCCCGAGGAACAGUGGCGCCCCCUGGAGGAGCGGCUGGAAAGGCUGGAGGCAGAGGUCACGGAGCUCAGAGAACAGAACAAGGACCUGCAGGGCAGGGUGACGCAGCUGGAGUCCUGUGAAUGCCACCCGGCUUCCCCCCAGUGCUGGGGGUCGGGUCAGGCCUGGCCCGAGGGGGCUCGCUGGGAGCCCGAUGCUUGCACAGCCUGCGUCUGCCAGGAUGGGGCUGCAAACUGUGUCCCCAAGCCUGGCCUGGCCCACUGCCAUGGCUGCAGCCACAAUGGUCAGGCCUAUGGCAAUGGGGAGACCUUCACCCCAGAUGCCUGCACCACCUGCCACUGCCUGGAAGGAGCUGUAACUUGCACCCAGAAGCCAUGCCCGAGAGGACCCUGCCAAGAGCCAGGAGCAUGCUGCCCACACUGCUGCCCUGGAGGCUAUAGGGAUGGGGAAACGUGGCAAUUGGAGCGCUGUGUUAUCUGCACCUGCCAGACAGGGACAGUGCGGUGCCAGGGGCCCUCAUGCUCAGAGCUCAACUGCCUGGAGAGCUACACCCCACCUGGGGAGUGCUGCCCCGUCUGCCGGCCAGGCUGUGAGUAUGAGGGGCAGCUUUACGAGGAAGGGGCCAACUUCUGGUCCAGCUCCAACCCUUGUCUCCAGUGCUCCUGCCUGAGGAGCCUGGUUCGCUGCGUGCCCACGAAGUGCCCGCCCAUCCCCUGCCCCGAGCCAGUCCUGAGGCCUGGGCACUGCUGCCCAACCUGCCAAGCUCAAGGCUGCACAGAAAAUGGUUCUCACUGGGAGCAUGGCCAAGAGUGGACCACCCCUGGGGACCCCUGCCGGAUCUGCCAGUGCCUGGAGGGCCACAUCCGGUGCCACCAGCGGGAAUGUGCCAGUCUGUGCCCAUACCCUGCCCGGCCCCUCCCGGGCACCUGCUGCCCGGUGUGUGAUGGCUGUUUCCUAAACGGGCGGGACUACCGCAGCGGGGAGCCCGUGGGCUCUGGGGACCCCUGCUUGCACUGCCGCUGUGCCAAUGGGAGUAUCCAGUGUGAGCCUCCGCCCUGCCCACCCACACCCUGCAGACACCCAGGCAGGACCCCGGGGGAGUGCUGCCCUGUCUGUGACAGCUGUGAGUACCAGGGACACAGGUAUCAGAACCAGGAGACCUUCCAACUCCAAGAGAGUGGCCGCUGUGCCCGCUGCUCCUGCCAGGCUGGUGAAGUCUCCUGCGAGGAGCGCGAGUGCCCAGGCAUGCCCUGCACCCUGCCUGACUCUGGCCCCAAGCCCUGCUCAGUCUGCGUGCUUGAUGGAGAGGAGUUUGCUGAGGGUGUCCAGUGGGAGCCUGAUGGCCAGCCCUGCACGACCUGCUCCUGUCAAGCUGGGGUGCCUGUGUGUGGGACUUUGCUCUGCUCCCCAGCCCCCUGCCAGCACCCCACCCAGCCCCCGGGUGCCUGCUGCCCCAGCUGUGAGAACUGCACUUACCAUGGCCAAGUGUAUGCCAACGGGCAGAACUUCACAGACGCAGACCCUUGCCACACCUGCCACUGCGAGGACGGGACCGUGACGUGCUCCUUGGUCAACUGCCCUCCCACAACCUGUGCCAGGCCUCAGAGGGGACCCGGCCAGUGCUGCCCCAGGUGCCCAGACUGCGUCCUGGAGAAACAGGUGUUUGUGGACGGUGAGCGCUUCUCGCACCCCCGAGAUCCCUGCCAGGAAUGCCAGUGCCGGGAAGGCCAUGCCCACUGCCAACCCCGGGUCUGCCCCCGGACCUCCUGUGCCCACCCGCUGCCGGGUGUCUGUUGCCAGAACAACUGCAAUGGUUGUGCCUUUGGUGGGAAAGAGUACCCCAACGGGGCCGACUUCCCCCACCCCUCCGACCCCUGCCGUCUGUGUCACUGUCUGGGAGGCGCUGUGCAGUGCCUGGCACGCCGCUGCCCACCCUUGCCCUGCCCAGAGCCGGUCCUGCUGCCCAGAGAGUGCUGCCCACAGUGCCCAGCCGCCCCCUCGGGCUGCCCCCGGCCAGGGGGCUUGGUCCCCGCCCGCCACCAGGAGCACUUCUCCCCGCCCGACGACCCCUGCCGCCGCUGCCUCUGCCUGAACGGCUUGGUGUCCUGCCGGAGACUGCCCUGCCCUCCUGUGCCCUGCACCCACCCGCACCAGGGGCCCUGCUGCCCCUCCUGUGACGGCUGCCUGUACCAGGGGAAGGAGUUCGCCAGCGGGGAGCGCUUCCCUUCGCCCACUGCCAGAUGUCACAUCUGCCUCUGCUGGGAAGGCAGCGUUAGCUGUGAGCCCAGGGCCUGUGCACCUGCCCAGUGCCCCUUCCCUGCCCAGGGUGACUGCUGCCCUGUCUGUGAUGGCUGUGAGUAUCUGGGGGAGUCCUACCUGAGCGGCCAGGAGUUCCCAGAUCCCCGUGAGCCCUGCAACCUGUGUACCUGCCUCGGAGGCUUCGUGACCUGCGGCCGCCGGCCCUGUGAGCCCCUGGGCUGCAGCCACCCACUCACCCGAGCUGGGCACUGCUGCCCGACCUGCCAGGGAUGCCUCUAUCAUGGGGUCACUGCUGCCCCUGGAGAGACCCUUCCUGACCCACUAGACCCCGCCUGCUCGCUCUGCACCUGCCAGGAAGGCUCCAUGCGCUGCCGGAAGAAGCCGUGUCCUCCAGCUCUCUGCCCUCGCCCCUCUUCAGGACCCUGCUUCUGCCCCGUUUGCCACAGCUGCCUCUCUCAGGGCCAGGAGUACCAGGACGGGGAGGAGUUCGAGGGGCCCACAGGCAGCUGUGAGCGCUGUCUCUGUCAGGCCGGCCAGGUCAGCUGUGUGCGGCAGCGCUGCCCGCCCCUGUCCUGCCCGCUCCAGGUCACGGAGCUGGGGAGCUGCUGUCCUCGCUGCAGAGGCUGCCUGUUUCAUGGGGAGGAGCACCCCGAAGGCAGUAGCUGGAAGCCCCCUGACAGCCCCUGCUCCUCCUGCACGUGUCACGAGGGUGUCAUCACCUGUGCCCGCAUCCAGUGUGUCACCUCCUGUGCCCAGCCCCACCAGGGGCCCAGUGACUGCUGCCCUCGGUGCUCUGACUGUGAGCAUGAGGGUCGGAAGUAUGAGCCAGGAGAGAGCUUCCAGCCCGGUGCAGACCCCUGCGAAGUCUGCGUCUGUGAGCUGCAGCCCGAGGGGACACCCAGCCUGCGCUGUCACCGGCGGCAGUGUCCCCACCUGGCGGGCUGCCCCACCAGCCAGCUCCUGACCCCAGGCCCACAGCAGUGCUGCCCGACCUGUGCCGAGGUGCUGAGCCACUGCACAGAGCACCUGCUGGGGUCUGAGUUGACCCCACCAGACCCCUGCUACAGCUGCCAGUGCCAGGACCUGACUUGGCUCUGCAUUCACCGGGCCUGUCCUGAGCUCAGCUGUCCCCUGCCUGAACGCUACAUACCCCCUGGGAGCUGCUGCCCCGUGUGCCAGGAAUGUGUGGUGGAGGCUGAGGGCCGGACAGUGGCGGAUGGAGAGAGCUGGCGGGACCCCAGCAACGCCUGUGUCACGUGCACCUGCCGUCGGGGCCAUGUGGAGUGCCGCCUGGAGGAGUGCCAGGCGCUCACCUGCCCUCGCGGAUGGGCGAAGGUGCGGGAGGCUGGCAGGUGCUGUGAGAGAUGCCAAGCCCCCGCCCCGUCGUGCGCGCACCAGGGCCGGCAGGUGGCCUCCGGGGAGCGCUGGGACGUGGACGCCUGCACCAACUGCUCCUGCGUGUCAGGCACCGUGCGCUGCCAGAGCCAGCGCUGCCCGCCGCUCUCCUGUGGGCCCGAGCUCGGGAGCCCCGGAGCCUCCUUGGAGAUGCUCGGUCCUCCGGGGAGGCUCAGCGCGGGGCCUGGCCGGGAGCGCGGCGUGUCUGACCGUGUGCGGGGCGGAGGCCAGGACGAGGCCCCCGCCCUGAGUCCCGGCAGCUGCUGUCCUCGCUGCCUGCCCCGGCCCGCUUCCUGCAUGGCCUUCGGAGACCCUCAUUACCGCACCUUCGACGGCCGCCUGCUGCAUUUCCAGGGCAGUUGCAGCUACGUGCUGGCCAAGGACUGCCGUGGCGGGGACUUUAGCGUGCACGUGACCAACGAUGACCGGGGCCGGAGCGGCGUGUCCUGGACCCAGGAGGUGGCUGUGCUGCUGGGAGACGUGGCCGUGCGGCUGCUGCAGGACAGGGCGGUCACGGUGGACGGGCGCCCUGUGGCCUUGCCCUUCCUGCAGGAACCGCUGUUCUAUGUAGAGCUUCGGGGACGCACGGUGGUGCUGCACUCCCAGCCGGGGCUCCAGGUGCUUUGGGAUGGGCGGUCCCAGGUGGAGGUGAGAGUGCCUGGCUCCUACCGGGGCCACAUGUGUGGGCUCUGCGGCAACUUCAAUGGCUUUGCCCAGGAUGACCUGCGGGACCCUGAGGAACUGCUCCGGUCCACUGAGGCUGCGUUUGGGAAUAGCUGGCAGGUCCCAGAGGGCCCAGGACCUGGUCGGCCCUGUUCCAAGGGCCGUGAGGUGGAUCCAUGCCGGGCAGCAGGGUACCGUGCCAGGCGUGAGGCCAACGCCCGGUGUGCGGUGCUGAAGUCCGCCCCGUUCAGUCACUGCCAUGCUGUGGUGCCACCAGACCCCUUCUUUGCCGCCUGCGUGUAUGACCUCUGUGCUUGUGGGCCCGGUUCCUCCUCUGACACCUGCCUCUGUGAUGCCCUGGAAGCCUAUGCUAGCCACUGUCGCCAGGCAGGGGUGACACCAGCCUGGCGGGGCCCCACACUCUGCGUGGUGGGCUGCCCCCUGGACCGCGGCUUCAUGUUUGAUGAGUGUGGCCCACCCUGUCCCCGCACCUGCUUCAACAAGCACGUCCCCCUGGGGGAGCUGGCAGCCCACUGCGUGCGGCCCUGCAUCCCCGGCUGCCAGUGCCCAGCGGGCCUGGUGGAGCACGAGGCCCACUGUAUCUCACCCGAGGCCUGCCCCCCUGUCCUGCUCACUGGGGACCAGCUGCCCAGCACUCCACGCAACCCCAGCCAGGAGCCUCAGGGGCCAACCUGAGCCCGGACGACACUGACCGGGACUCAUCUGGACAUGAAGUUUCCUUUUGGCGAGCAUCUCCUGCCCCACCUGGGUGCUGGGAGGCUGGGCGUGGCUCCCACAAAGACCCCAGCUGUGUUGCAUCAGAAACAGUAAACUCAGGGUCCACCCUAAGGUU